AUGCCGCACUAUUUCGUCAUCGACGCUCGCUUCAGCUCUCGACGAGGCAAACUCCCCCGUGAUCGGAGCGGCUCCAUCUCGGUCGCAUCCCUCAACACCUUCCCAACGUCGCCCGUCAACCGGUUCGCUCAGUCCAUGGGCCCAGCGAGACCAACAACUCCGACGGCCUGGAGCAGACACACGACCCCCGCCAUGUCCACGCGACGCAUGGACUUCUACUGCGACUACAGCUUCGUGGACUCGUGGGACCACUCGUACCGCGCCAAGUCGAACCGCCGAAACGUCUGGCAACGAUUCGCGGAGAACGUGGACAAGUGCGUGUUCCGUGUCGUGAGCAAGUUCUACAAGUGA